CCGCAAACGUCAUUCUGAGGGUAGUAGGUUGAUUUGAACUUGAGAGAGUCCACACACACAGCACUGUCUGUGGACAGUGGAGCGUCCUAGUUUAUACACGGCCAGUCUACAGUGGCCUGUGGGGAUGUGGACAACAGAGAAAUCACGGUACAUGGUUGAAUUCCUCCCUCUACUGUGAGCUGCUGAAACUGCAUCGACUCUACUGAUUAGACCUCUUUGAGGCCUGCUUACUGGUGGACCUGAGACAGACAUGAGCAGGAUGACAGGGAUGAGGUACCAUGGUGGGGAAGGCGAAUUUGCAGCAUGAUGCAGUUGGUAGAACAAAACCCUCACCGACCCCUGAGAAUCCACACAUGACCAAACACACUGGGAGUACCCUGGCUGGGAAUAACUAGAAGAUCCAGAUGGUGCCCCCAUGUUCUCAGAGGUCUAGUCCAAAGGUUGCAGCAGCUAAGAUGUCAAGUGUCCCCAGUAUGGCCCCUCAGAUACACACACUUCUGCUCAGAUCUUGAACUCAGGCAGAUGCAGUGUUCUGGGCAGUAGGCUGCCUACAGGGACAGAAACCUUCCUUGACCCCCAUGGAUUCCACCCCAAGCAUGAGCAGGACAUGCCUGGAGCCAGGAGAGGAAGCCCAGGUGACAACAGAGCCAGGACAACAGUGCAUUUGGCUCAGCAUGUGGCUGCUUACAAAGGUCAGUUCUAACCAUCUUCUGGCAAAGGCACAGCCACUUCUGUACAGAAAGUGAGCACACAGGAUGUCUCCAGCCAUUGGUUCUUCAGAGUGGGAGGUGCUCCUAAGCUCACUCCCCCAUGCAAGUGGGAAGGGGAUCCAUAGGUGCCAGGUUCUUGCCCAAAGAUAUUUGGAACUCCUCGGAGGCAGGGUCGGGCGUGAGGUGGGAUGGGGGUGGGCAGGACUGGGCUCAAGAAGACAGAAGUUUAUAAGGUAGCAGGAUCUGCUCUGAGUAGAGAGAGCAUUUAGCAUCCUACACCAUGAAGGGGACGCUGCUUCUGCUGGCCUUGCUGGUGACCGGGGAGCUGGGCUUCCAGACAACAGAAGCAUGCAUUCCUUAUAUUGAGGCCUAUACUACAAUGGUCCUUGGAAACAAGCAAUUAAUGAAUGCCCUCCUUACCAAGUUUCACCCUACUAAUGGAGAAAGGGAAGCUGCUGAUAAAGUCCAAGAAUGCUUUAACGAGGCAGGACUGAAAGCCAAAAUCCUGGAUUCCAUAGUGCUGCACUUGAUCACUGACAGUCCAGAAUGCAAACAAUAUUAUACUCAAGAUGUCAAGAACAAAAUUGACGCAUUUCUUUCGAAAGUUAUUGGUAAAUGAUGACUGAUCUGAGAGUCAUACUGUUGCCCUUUCCUCUCCCUUCCUGAUGUUGGAAUCCAGACACCUUUCCCUUUCUUGUUCUGUCUCUUAAUCUGACUCCAAUAAAUACCUGCAGCUCU